AUGAUCAUCUCAUCUGUUCAAACACUUGUAGGAUCAACAAUGCCUAGAAAGAAGUCAGCAACCAAGAAGGCUAAAGAGCAAGCUUUGAAGCAAUCAAACACCGAGACCGGCAGUUCACUUGUUGAUACGAAAGUCGUCGCACCAACGGCUCCUAAUGAUCAAACUCCAGAAUCCCACUCAGAAUCUACCACAUCAGAUGAAGAAGAGGAAGAUGAGUUUGGAGAUUUGAUUACUGAUGAAGUUGAACGAGGUAUCAAUAAAGUAUUGGAAAAAAUAAAAUCCGACCCAAAAUCACUACUUGAUCCAAAUUUGAAGUUUUUCAAGGACCCAGAAUCAGAUGACAUACUCGUGAAAAAGCAAGGAGAAAAGCCAAUGUUUUUGAAAGAUUAUCAUCGCCAGAACUUGAUCGAUGGAGCAUACAAAGAAUUCGAUGAGAAUGAAACCGUAGACGGUGUGAAAUCUUUUGCAACUGAACAAAAAGAGGAAAGGGACAAGUUAUUGAAUUAUAUUAACAAUGCCUUCGAUGAAGAGGACGAUGGUGAUGACAGAGAAGACGGAUUUUUGAAAAAAAAAGAAAAAGGGGAAGAAGUUGAAGAAAAUACCCAGAACUUGCCUGAUCCUGAGAAAGAUCAGAAUGCAUUCCUCUCAGCUUUCUUAGACCAAAAAGCAUGGAUACCUAAACAGGGCGAUAAAAUGAUUGAUCUUGAUCAAAUUGAUAGAAACGAUGAAGAGGAUUUUGAUAAUGCCGUGGAAGAUUUUGAAAAGGCUUACAAUUUUAGAUACGAAGAUGCUAAUUCGACUGAGAUAAUUUCAUAUGCAAGAAAUCAAGCUACAUUACGAAGGGGUAAGACCAAUUCUCGUAAAAGGGCUAGAGAAAAGGCACACGAGGAAAAGAAGAAAGUUGAAGAGCAUAAGGCUGAAUUGUUGAGAAAAAAGAAAACAGCAAAAUUGAACAAAGUUGUAGACCGUUUAGCAAAGAUCAAGGAGGCUGUUGGUAAUGAGGUGAGCGAUGAGGUUAUUCAAAAAGUAUUUGGUGACUCAUUAUUAAAUGAAGACUUUGACGAUGCGGAUUGGGACAAUAGAAUGGCGGAAAUAUUCAAUGAACAAUACUAUGGAGCUGAGAUUGAAAAGCCAACUUGGGACGACGACUUAAUGGAGGGUAUGGAUGAUGAGUCUGACGACGAUGAGGACGCUGACAAUAUGGACGUCGAAGAGGAGCCGCAGAAAAAGAAAGCAAAGAAGGAGAAAUUGAAAGAAAAGAGCUCAUUAAAGAAGGAGAAGGAGGCCUUGAGAACUAGGGCUCUAGAAAUUGUUGAUGCAAACACUCUCAAAAUACAGGAAGAAGUUGAAGAAGAGGAAGAACGAGGUCGCAAGAAAGACGCAGGUGAAAUAAAGUUCAAAUACAGAGAAGUUUCACCCGAGUCAUUUGGCUUAUCCACUAGAGAAAUUUUAUUAGCAGAUGACAAACAAUUAAACAGUUUUAUUGGGAUCAAAAAAUUUGCACCUUAUCGACCCAAGGAACUACGUCUCAAAGAUAAACGUAAAUAUACAAAGAAGAAGCAUCUACAAGAAUGGAGAAAAGAGACAUUCAAAAACCUAAAUAUACCAGAAGAUGCAAAAGAUGGUGAAAUUUGGAUCCCUGCAGAUGAUGCGGCUAAACAAAAAGGCACGAAGCGUAGUCACAAAUCUAAAUAG